AUGUUUAAAAUUCUGAAUCUUCGUAGAACUCCGGGGCAGAUCCGAGUAGAAGGUAUAGGCGCCAAUGCAGCCACUUACACAAAGGGCUCCACAACUGUGCGAUUGAGAUCCCUCACUGAUGAGGCUUUCUCGACGCAAUUUGAAGUCUACAUCCUACCAACGAUUACGACUAUGACACCAGUAUGCAAGGUCGACUCCUCCGCCUGGGAUCACCUUUCUGGACUCCAGCUUGCCGAUCCAACAUUUGGUACUCCUGCCAAAAUUGAUUUACUUAUUGGCGCAGAUAUUUGGCCCGCUUUAAUUGCCGAUGGGAUUGCUGCGGGACUCCAUAACGAACCGUGCGCGCUCUGUACUCGCCUCGGUUGGGUUGUGUUUGGCCCCGCGGUGGUCAGCGCUCCAAAUCAUUUGACCCAUACUCUAACUGUCAGCAAAUGUAUAGGCGAUCAGCAACUGGACAAACUACUGCAGAGGUUCUGGCAGGUUGAGGACAAUGGUCCUGUCGACGAACUCUCGGUAGACUCUUGUGAACGGAUUUUCAUUGACACUGUACGUCGCACAGCGAGUGGACGCUAUAGUGUACAAAUCCCAUUUCUUCCGAAUGCUCCAAUGUUGGGAGAUUCAUAUCAAGCAGCGCGGCGUCAGUUUUUCCAUCUUGAGCGAAAAUUAGCUGGCGACCCUGAGCUUCGCAACAAAUACAUCACGUUUAUGCAAGAGUACAUAGCACUCGGUCACAUGAAUCCCGUGACAGACGAUUGCUUCGACCCAACGCAAUGCUAUUACAUACCCCAUCAUGCGGUAACAGGUAAAUUUCGGGUGGUAUUCAACGCGUCCUGCAAAACUACCAGCGGAGUGUCAUUGAACGACACUCAGUUUUCGGGACCACAGCUCCAGGACAAUUUGAUUGAUAUUCUUCAUCGGUUUCGACGCUAUCGGAUAGCUAUAACAGCCGAUGUCAAGAAGAUGUUUCGACAGGUUGAGAUCAAUCCCUUGCAUCGUAAAUGGCAACGCAUCUUGUGGCGGGAAUCUCCAGUCGAACCACUACGUAGCUUCGAGUUAGCCACAGUAACGUAUGGAAUGACAAGCAGUCCAUACAAUGCGAUUCGCUCCUUACGCCAAUGUGCUGUAGAUAACUACACCAUUGUGGAGGACGAAAACCGGGCUUCUACAGCAAGGAACAGUAUCCUUGAUGGAUUUUACGUCGACGACUAUUUGGAAAGUUUUGACUCUUUGGUGGAAGCUGUUAGUUGUGCUCAUGAUGUUGAUGCGAUCCUUCGUCAAGGUCAGUUCAUUCUUGACAAAUGGAAUUCGAACUGCGCCAAAGUACUUCAUGCUAUCACCGAUCCAGAGAAAUCUGUUACAGAAAUUGAAUUAUGCGAUUCCAACGCCACUGUGUUAGGCUUACAUUGGAAUCCGUUGAGCGAUGAGCUCUUUUUUAAGGUGAGAAUUGAAGACUCACAUAGACUACCAACAAAGCGUAGUAUCCUAAGUGACGUUGCAAGGCUGUAUGACCCGAUUGGUAUACUAGCGCCAGCUGUAGUUCUGGCCAAAAUGUUCAUUCAAACCCUGUGGAGGAAGGAUCUUAACUGGGACACUCCAUUACCUAUAGAAUUACAAGACCAGUGGCUCGAAUUUCGAAAUGGUCUUCAUGAACUAGCGCGAGUCCGUGUACCGCGUUGGUUAAGCAUGUCACCUCAUGCAUUUUGUACACUCCAUGGAUUCUGUGACGCUAGCUCGAAGGCGUAUGCUGCGGUUAUCUACGUAAAUAGUGCCGCACAAGGAGAUUUGUCUAAUAUGGCACUUGUUACUGCGAAAACCAAGGUGGCACCUGUGAAGCAGAUUACUAUACCACGCUUGGAACUUUGUGCUGCCCACCUGCUGGUAGUCACUCUACGUCAUGUGCAAAAGGCGCUCCAUUUAGACAACGUCCCUUACACACUCUGGAGUGAUUCAACUAUAGUUUUGCAUUGGAUUCAUAAACAACCGUCAGUGUUGAAACAGUUCGUGGGUAAUCGAGUUGCAUACAUCCAGGCCCACACCAAGGUAGAAUGUUGGCGACACAUUCGCUCCGAGUACAAUCCAGCCGAUUGUGCAAGUCGAGGAAUUACGCCUGCAAGCCUUCUGCAUCAUCCGCUAUGGUGGACAGGUCCACCUUCUCGUUAUAUGUGCAUCGAAAACGAUCCAGUUGUGCCAGAACUAACGGAGGAGCAACUCCAGGCACAGACUCUGGAAUGUCAACCUUUUCGUACUUUUAUAACCACUCGCCAGGAUCAUCACCAAUGUCUUAUGACUUCUGCGUGUGGUCACCGAAUUCCUCUCGUUGAGAAAUUUAGCAUACUUAGUCGUGUCCUCAAUACAACAACGCGAUUAAGACGUUUUCUGCCAUGUUACAAGGGUAAGAGGUCGAAUAUUGUGACAGCAGAAGAAUACGAAUGGGCUCUGCUUCUAACUGUUAAACAAGCUCAAGGUAAGGCAUAUAGACGAGAAAUUAAUGCUCUCAAAUCAAAUUCCAGGUUAGACAUUCGAAAUCACUUGUUCCCCUAA